AUGGCGCAUGAACUGGAAGGCAUUUUCUCAGAGCUGGGCAUUUCGCAAUACCUCGGCAUCUUUCUUGAGCAAGGUUUCGACACAUGGGAGACGAUUCUGGACAUCACCGAGUCCGACUUGGAUGCGCUUGGAGUCAAACUGGGACACCGACGUAAAUUGCAAAGGCGCAUUGCCAACUCGCGAGGCCUUGCCCCCGAUGCGUCGCUUAUAUCGCCCACUAGAGCAACAGCCGAGGAGCCCAAGCUUGAGGCUCAACGGUUUGAACAACCUCGACUCGAAGUGAAGGACGGCCCUGUCGUUACCAAACGCAAGUAUCGCCGUCAUCCCAAGCCUGAUGAGAACGCACCAGAACGGCCGCCUUCAGCUUAUGUACUGUUCUCUAACAAGAUGCGCGAUGAUCUCAAGGGCCGAAACUUAACCUUCACUGAAAUAGCCAAACUUGUUGGAGAGCAUUGGCAGAACCUGACGCCGGGUGAGAAAGAGCCUUACGAGACAUCGGCUCUCAAAGCAAAGGAAAAGUACAAUCACGACCUAGCUGAGUACAAGAAGACUGCAGAGUAUAAGAAAUACAAUCUUUACCUGCAAGAUUUCAAGGCGAGGCAGGCGUCUGCCAGUCAAGCAAAGGAGUCCUCUAAACGUCAGAAGCUGGACACUGGUGCCCGGCUGCAAAAUGGUAGUGCAAGCGCAACACCGGGUAGCCUGAGCAGCACCGGGAGUGGUACUGAGAGCCAUCAAGGGAGUGAGCCGCCUCCAAACCGGAAGCAGCGAGUCGGCUCUGUGGUAUCAGUAUCUGAGUCUCAAUACUCCACGGCUGUCCCGACGCCAAUCUCGCACCAUCAUAUCGCAGACGAUGCAGUACACUCGCCCACCAGCACUCAAUUUGACCGAGAGAGCUUGCACUCAGCAAGCCCCCAGAUGGCUGGGCCAACGACUCAUUUGCCGUCGCUGUCGGAUAUGUUCAGCAAUGGGCGGGUGAUGAAUGGAGUCUCGAGAUCUCCCGAGGCCAAUGGACUCGGUGGCUUCGCACCACCUCAGCACCCGGGCUCUUCGGUUCCCCCGCCGUUGAAACAUGAAUAUUCGUCGACAGGAAGCUCCACGUCGUCCGGCUCGUAUCCUCGCACGCCCAGUGAAUCUUCACUCCCGAUCCAUGCCUUAUUAUCCAACAAACCCCCGCUGGCUUCACCGUACGAGCUGCAGCCAUCUGCCUUCACAACCGGUCCUAUGGCGCUCUCGGACCAGAAACCAGUUUUUACAGGUCAACCGCAGAGCUCUCAUGGAGCUACGAAUGGUUACCACUCGCCGCCACCUGCCUUGUUGCGCUUCCAGUCGAGCUCCUCAUCGGGGACAGAGGGGUCCAUUGCAUCGUCGCAUGCGUCUUCCCUUGCGUCAUCCCACGCAUCGUCUCAGACCUCACUCGGGGUUCAAGAGAGAAGUGAUCCGAAACUCGACGGAAUGAGCGCUUUGGUGCGCGCUGGUGAAAUCGUUAACCGGCGCGUUCAAUGA